AUGCGCCGACGCUCUCUGACCGUGGUACUAGAGGUUUGAUCCUGACGCCGGUCGCAUCUCGAACCCCCCCACAGCCUUGGAGGAAUUUAUCGUCAUCCGUCUCGUCUCUAUCACACUCGCCACUAUCUCUCUCCUCACGCUCGACCUCGGCUCCGGGGACGCCUGACGACCGGGCACUCGAGCCGUCGCCUCCGCAUAUCCUUCGAAGCGACUCGAUUGGAACUCUCCUGUCCAACGGCCUCGAGGAAGAUUUUGACGGCCUCUCGCUCGGCCAUGGUCUUAUCAUGCAAGCCAGAAAGGAGCUUCCCGAAGGCGUACGGACGAUCGGACCCGAAUCAGACAAGACGGGUCACAUCGAGUACAAGUUUGUGCUCAAGACCCCGACGACCCCGCAUCGACUGGCGCGAUUGGUGACCCAGCUCAAGUGGCGCCUGAUCGAAGGCGGUGGCUGCGCCGUGUACGAACUCGGCGUGCUCGAUGCGGGAACGCUUGUCGGACUUAGUCGAGCCGAUAUGCAAGAAACGCUCAAUACGUUGGGUCUCAUGCUCUCCCACCUCGGAGGAGGUUAUGUUCGCAUCUCUCGGGUCGUUUUGCUCGGUGGUGCCGGCGGAGGUAGCGAGACCUCCAGCACGACUCCUCCAGGUGAAGAGGAUACGACUCCUUCCUCUUCGACUCUUGGCUUUACGUCGUUCGAUGUUGGCUCCACCGCGAUUGAACCUGUCUAUCCUGGAACUGCACCCAUCACGAUCAAGCAACCGACUCCGCCCCAUCCCGAACGUGAGCCCGAAGAACGAGCCACUCUCAAGCGAAACAAACGAGAUGCGAGAAGAGUGAAGCAGAAGAGUUUUGGGGGAGACAUCGUCGCGACGGGGUAUCCGAGACCCAGUAUGGAGUCUAUGGAAUCGUCGACUUUCAACAAGGCUCGUGCAACGCGUCAGUACGAAGCAGGAGCUGUUCGACAGCCGCGCAAUUUUCGUCCUUCGACGGGGCAGGUCCCAGGCUCGACUCCAGAAUGGACCCAUGCGCCUACGCGACGGCCACCCAAGUCGACCAAACAGCAAGUCCCCACUCGUCCCAAAGUUGUCCUAACCGAAUCCAUCCCUUCCCAUCGUCCGAGAAUCCUGGGCGAUGAUGAGAACGAGGAACGCUUCGUCGUGGAAGCGGUCGUGAUGAAGCGGCCUUCAUCGGUCAUAACACCCUUCAAGGGCGAAUCGAGUGAUGAAGGUCUUGAAGGGAUGCUAGCGCGGACCCCUAACCAUGUCGACGCUGGGGGAGGAUCUGAUGAGAUGUUCGGUUCGGUUGAUGAUGAGGAGGGUUGGAGUUAUCUGGCUUUCGACUCGCUGCCCAAGGUCAGGAGAAAUAGUUCGAGCGUGGUGGUGAGGGAUUGUUGA